CAGGAGCGGUCUGUGGAUGAAUGCAGGGUCUCCUCGAACGGUCAGUCAUGCAGUCCUGCAGUUCUGCUCUCUGUAUCCUGAUCUUACUGAUCUCUACAUUCACUACUGAGCUCAUGUCAGCUGUUCCUUCAGUGAAGGUGAAGCUUCAUGACUCUGCUACUCUGCCCUGCUCUGAGAGAUGCUCUGGUUUGGUCAGAUGGACUGUAUUCACUAAACCCACUGAUGUUCUGGCUGAGUGUGAUCAGACUUCAUGUGGAUCAAAGGAGGGAUAUCAGAUGAUCCAUGAUCAGUACCUGAAGGGGAAUCUCUCUCUCACCAUCACUGAUGCUGAUUUCAAUAAGAGAGGCCUCUACACAUCUGACUGUGAUGGUAAAGAUGUCUGUGAUGUGCAGCUUCAGAUUGAGCCAUUGAAUACUUCAGUUCAGAUAGAGCCCAAAGAAUCUCUGUUCCUGCGUUUGGACAUACCACAGGAAGUGGAGGUGUAUUAUAAAAGUGCAGGUGCAGCUGGACCAUCCAUUGGUCAGAUCUGUACAGUGGAUGGACGUUCAUUACAGUGUAAACCUGAAUAUAAACAGAGAGUGUCGGCUGGUCUUGAGCUGAGAGAAAUGACCCCAUCUGACAGUGGAGUUUAUACUGUAAUGGACAAAUUGAAUGAAGAGGCCAUUCACAUCUACACAGUGUCCGUGGGGUCAGCAGGUGGAAGUGAAUUACAGGGUGACCAUCCAGAUCUGGACACAGAUAAAGGAGCUGCUGUUCCAGUGUGGGUCACUGUAUUGGUUGUACUGCUGGUUGUACUGGUGGCUGUACUUGUAGCUGUGAUUGUGGUGUUAGUGGUGGUGAAUGUGUGGCUGAGGAGAGAAAUUCAGCAGCUCAAGAAGAAUGAAAACAAUGGGCAUUGUCAAUUCAGAGAAAGAGGGACUGUCAUGCACCAAUAAUGACAAGAAUCUCAGCCCUCCUCAUUAACCCGUCUGUCUUUCUUUUUUCUUUAUGUGGAGGGUUUUCCAUCCACUUCUUUUCAGC